UCGAAGUAUUCGGCGAUCAUGACGAGCGAGAAGACCUCCUCCACUUGGCGGAUGAGGCCUGCCAAACCAAGGACCUGCGAGCCCGAGACCCGCGUACUACAAGUCCCAGCAGGCUUUAUAAGUAGGCUGCCCACGGCGCGACUGUGGCGAAUCACACCACCCGGCGCGCGGUGCUGCCGGAAGUUCCGGGAAGUGGACCCAGCGCCUGGCCCAAGCUUCCGCGUUGGUCGCGCGCCUUCUUUCGGCUAAGAUGGCUGCCGAGCAUCCCGAGCCUCCCAAAGGAGAAUUGCAGCUGCCUCCGCCGCCGCCUCCAGGCCAUUAUGGCGCCUGGCCUGCCCAGGAACUUCAGGCCAAGUUGGCAGAGAUUGGAGCACCGAUCCAGGGGAGUCGUGAGGAGCUGGUGGAGCGCCUGCAGACUUACACCCGCCAGACUGGCAUUGUGCUCAGUCGGCCGGUUUUGAGAGGGGAGGAUGGGGACAAAGCCGCUCCCCCUCCCAUGUCUGCACAGCUUUCUGGGAUUCCCAUGCCGCCGCCACCCAUGGGACUCCCUCCUCUGCAGCCUCCUCCACCACCCCCACCACCUCCACCGGGCCUUGGCCUGGGCUUUCCUAUGGCUCACCCACCAAAUUUGGGGCCCCCGCCUCCUCUUCGUGUGGGUGAGCCUGUGGCACUGUCUGAAGAGGAGCGGCUGAAGCUGGCGCAGCAGCAGGCAGCAUUGCUGAUGCAGCAAGAAGAACGUGCCAAGCAGCAGGGAGAUCAUUCAUUGAAGGAACAUGAGCUCUUGGAGCAGCAGAAGCGGGCUGCUGUGUUACUGGAGCAGGAACGGCAGCAGGAGAUUGCCAAGAUGGGCACCCCAGUCCCUAGGCCCCCACAAGACAUGGGUCAGAUUGGUGUUCGCACCCCUCUGGGGCCUCGAGUAGCGGCUCCAGUAGGUCCAGUGGGCCCAGUGGGCCCCACUCCCACUGUUUUGCCCAUGGGGGCCCCUGUUCCCCGGCCUCGUGGUCCACCCCCACCCCCCGGAGAUGAGAACAGAGAGAUGGAUGAUCCCUCUGUGGGCCCCAAGAUCCCCCAGGCUUUAGAGAAGAUCCUGCAGCUGAAGGAGAGCCGCCAGGAAGAAAUGAACUUGCAGCAGGAGGAAGAGGAAAUGGAAACAGACACUCGCUCAUCCCUGGGCCAGUCAGCAUCAGAAACUGAGGAGGACACAGUGUCCAUAUCCAAAAAGGAGAAAAACCGGAAGCGUCGUAACCGAAAGAAGAAGAAAAAGACCCAGCGCGUUCGGGUGACUUCCUUGGAGAGCUCUGGAGACCGAGACCGAGAGAAAGACUCAACCCGGUCCCGAGGCUCUGAGUCCCCUGCUGCUGAUGUAGAGAUUGAAUAUGUGACCGAAGAACCUGAAAUCUAUGAGCCCAACUUCAUCUUCUUCAAGAGGAUUUUUGAGGCUUUUAAGCUCACAGAUGAUGUGAAGAAAGAGAAAGAGAAGGAGCCAGAGAAACUUGACAAAACAGAGAAUUCUGCAGCCCCCAAGAAGAAGGGCUUUGAAGAGGAACACAAGGAUAGUGAUGAUGACAGCAGUGAUGAUGAGCAGGAAAAGAAGCCAGAAGCUCCCAAGCUGUCCAAGAAGAAGUUGCGCCGAAUGAAUCGCUUCACUGUGGCUGAACUCAAGCAGCUGGUGGCCCGGCCUGAUGUUGUGGAGAUGCAUGAUGUGACAGCGCAGGACCCUAAGCUCUUGGUUCAUCUUAAGGCCACCCGGAACUCUGUGCCUGUGCCACGACACUGGUGUUUUAAGCGCAAGUACCUGCAAGGCAAACGGGGCAUUGAGAAGCCCCCCUUUGAGCUACCAGAUUUCAUCAAACGCACAGGCAUCCAGGAGAUGCGUGAAGCUCUUCAGGAAAAGGAAGAACAGAAGACCAUGAAAUCUAAAAUGCGGGAGAAAGUUCGGCCUAAGAUGGGAAAGAUUGAUAUUGAUUACCAGAAACUUCAUGAUGCCUUCUUCAAGUGGCAAACCAAGCCAAAGCUGACCAUUCAUGGGGACCUGUACUAUGAGGGCAAAGAGUUUGAGACAAGACUGAAGGAGAAGAAGCCUGGUGAUCUGUCUGAUGAGCUGAGGAUUUCCUUGGGGAUGCCAGUGGGACCAAAUGCCCACAAGGUCCCUCCCCCGUGGCUGAUUGCCAUGCAGCGAUAUGGACCACCCCCAUCAUAUCCCAACCUGAAAAUCCCUGGGCUCAACUCGCCUAUCCCUGAGAGCUGUUCCUUUGGCUACCAUGCUGGUGGUUGGGGCAAACCCCCAGUAGAUGAGACUGGAAAACCACUCUAUGGGGACGUCUUUGGAACCAAUGCUGCGGAAUUUCAGACCAAGACUGAAGAAGAAGAGAUAGAUCGGACCCCUUGGGGGGAACUAGAGCCAUCUGAUGAAGAAUCCUCUGAAGAGGAGGAAGAGGAAGAAAGUGAUGAAGACAAACCAGAUGAGACAGGCUUUAUUACACCAGCAGACAGUGGUCUCAUCACUCCUGGAGGGUUCUCGUCAGUGCCAGCUGGAAUGGAGACCCCUGAACUCAUUGAAUUGAGGAAGAAGAAGAUUGAGGAGGCGAUGGAUGGAAGUGAGACACCUCAGCUGUUCACUGUAUUACCAGAGAAGAGAACAGCUACUGUUGGGGGAGCCAUGAUGGGAUCGACCCACAUUUAUGACAUGUCCACGGUUAUGAGCCGGAAGGGUCCAGCCCCAGAGCUGCAAGGUGUGGAAGUAGCCCUGGCUCCCGAGGAGUUGGAAUUAGAUCCAAUGGCCAUGACCCAGAAGUAUGAGGAGCAUGUGCGGGAGCAGCAGGCACAAGUGGAGAAGGAAGACUUCAGCGACAUGGUGGCUGAGCAUGCUGCCAAACAGAAGCAAAAGAAACGGAAAGCUCAGCCCCAGGACAGCCGUGGGGGCAGCAAGAAGUACAAGGAGUUCAAGUUUUAGGUCCCUCUUACACAGCUGACCUUCUUUUAAGCCCUUUAUCUGGAUGCCUGGGCUUCAUAUAUGAGUCCCCUAAGAGUGAGCUCUCCUGCAGCUCUCAAGGGCUUGUCAUUUCAUGUUCUUAUUUUAGACUUGUUUUGUAAAUAAAGCUGCUUCCCAAGGAAA